AUGACAACCAGGGCAGACACAUCUUGCAAAACCCUGACCCGCGGCGAACUCCUUGACCAAGCCUCGAAGUUGACGCCCAUCCUGAAAGAAAGGGCGCCUCUGACUGAGGGACUGCGUCGUGUUCCCACGGAAACAGUUGACGACCUGCUGGCAUCGGGGCUUCACCUCAUCGGAGUCCCCAGAAAAUUCGGCGGGCUGGACGUCGAUUACGGGAUAUCCCUCGAUGUGGGAGUAGAGUUGGCAAAGGGGUGCGCCUCCACGUCAUGGUGCUAUUCCCUGUGGGUAGCCCACGCGUGGCUGGUGGGUUUCUGGCCUCUUCAAGCCCAGGAGGAGAUUUUUGGAGCCAGCCCCAACGUACUCUGUUCCAGUUCCCUCAGCCCUGGCAAGUCCACCUGCACACCGGCAGAUGGCGGGUACCACCUUACCGGCCGCUGGGAGUUCUCCAGCGGCUGUGACUCGGCGGACUGGAUAAUGCUGGGGGUUGCCGGCAUAGACCAAAGAAACUGGGCUCUGGUUCCCAAGGAAGACCGCGAGAUAGUGGACACGUGGUUUGUGUCCGGCCUGCGGGGCAGCGGCAGCAAGGAUAUAGUCGUCGAGGAUGCCUUCAUACCCGCACACCGCGUUGUUGAGGUUACAACCGCCGGUGACACCGACCUGACUGGCUGGGCAAUCCACGGUCAGGACCGCUACCGCGUCCCCAUACCCGUGCUGCUGGGCUGGGACCUGGUGGCGCCCAUGAUUGGCGUGGCCCGGGGGAUGGCAGAAGAGUUUAUAGCGAAACUAACCGGCACAACCGGCCCCGGACGGACCGCCGAUUCGGCGGCCAUACACCUGCGGCUGUCCCAGGCUUGCGCCGAGGCGGACGCGGCCCAGGCCCUGAUGGACCUGGAUGUAGCGGAGAUCCUUCGGAAAGGCCGGGAAGGAGAGCCUUUCAACGCCUUGGAACGAGCCAGAUUCCGGCGGGACAAGGCGUUUUGCACCCAGCUUGGCCUCCAGGCAGUCAACCGGCUCUUCGACCUGAGCGGGGGCCACGCCUUGUUCGAAUCUGAGCCUAUGCAGCGUCUCCACCGGGAUGCCCAGGCAAUAGCCCACCGGGAUGGCCUGAUUAUGGACUUGGGGGGCCAGCAGUAUGGUCGCGUGGCCCUGGGGUUACAACCGGACGGAGCCAUCUGA